AUGUCCAGUCAAGCGGGAAAAGUCGCCCUGAUCACUGGUGCGGCUCAGGGUCUGGGAAAGGCGUUCAGCGAGGCCCUGCUCAAGAAAGGAGCUCGGGUGUGUGUCGUGGAUGUGAACAGCGAACGAGGGGAGGCAACUGUGAACGAUUUCAUCCAAAAAUACGGCAAAGAGAAUGCAGCGUUUAUCAAAUGCGAUGUGACGUCACAGCAAGAAAUGGAAAACGCUUUUACUUUCGCCACAUCGACCUUUGGUGGCAUUGACCUUGUGUGUAACAAUGCUGGUUUGUCGGGCGAGAACCAGUGGGAACAAAUGAUAAACAUCAAUCUGCUUUCAGUUGUCCGCGGAACGAAGUUGGCAAUAGAUCACAUGAGUAAGCAUAGAGGAGGCAAAGGGGGGAUAAUUCUCAACGUGUCUUCCAUGGCAGGCUUGAUGACAACCCAUUUGUCACCUGUUUAUUGUGCCACAAAGCAUGGGGUAGCUGCCUUCACUCAGAGCUGGGCGAAAAACCCAGACUGUGAGAAGAUGGGGCUUCGCUUCCACACGUUAUGUCCAGCUUUUGCCGAUACACAAAUGGUAAAAUCUGCAGAAGAACGUGUACCGGACUCCGCUACUGCUGCCAAAUUGAUGGAGGAAUAUGGACUUAUGAGUCCUGAAACCGUGGCGGAGGCCUUCAUGCAACUCGUGGAGCGGGAAGACACCACGGGCGCUGUGUUGUCAGUUUCAAAAGGGUACGGGAUGCGCUGGAUCAAGGAGGGUACUCAGCCAUGA